AUGGCUACGGCAAUGCUCCAAAGACUUCGUCUCAGCAGCAAAGCGUCCCAGCCCGCUCGAAAAGACGACGUCCGGGCAUCACGUUCCCUAGCACCUCCACCUCCUCUUCUCACUUUGCCCCCCGAGAUUCGCAACGCGAUAUAUGACUUCGUCGCGGCUCAGGCAAACCUCACGUUGGUAGUGGCACCGGCCAACAAGCGUCGGCCUAAGCGGCCAGCCCCCAUCGUAGGCCUGUUGUUGGUGAACAAGCAGAUCAACCAUGAAUUCUACCCAGUCCUGCUGGCGACCGCGCGCAUCUCGACUCCAAUAACCCACUUCGGCUUCCGCGAUGUAGUCGCAACCAUUGAAGGGCUGUCGCAAGACGAGUUGCGAAGCCUUGCGGCCAACCAGCGCUUCUACUUGACGCUACUCGUUACGCACGUUCCUCGACCGGAAGAGCUCGAGAACCUCGCGGUCUGGCUCAGCUUUAGAGCGGCAGAGGGUUCACAUUCCCAUCCCUCUGCAUCGAAAACGGCUGCUCCUGCGACCUUCACAGCGAACACCCUGUGCUACCGCUACGACGCCAAAGUCGAGUCGACCCGCUCCAUGGCCGGCACGCUGAACACGAAGCUAGUGCUUCUGACCGCGCUGAUACGGCAUAUUGCACGCAUGAGCGGGACAAAGACGGAGGAGCGGCAGCGUAUAAUCCGAGACUUGGCGGAGUAUAAGGACUUGUUGUCGGGUGUUUCGCGGACGGCUGGGGAGCGAGAGGCGGAUAUUGACUUGGCUGCGGCCACGCUGGACUCGUCGGCCUUUGGUCCAACAUGGAUUCCGCAGUAUCGGUAG